CCAACUGUCAACCUUUCAAACACUGAAUGACCUGUUCUACCGACUAAAUCGCAGCCACCCGUACUAAUAGUUUUACAGAUCUGAUUAAAACUAAAAACUUAAAAUACAAACUGAAUACACUGAAGCGUAAUGGUGUCACAGUUUCAGUAUAUGUUAUGACUUUAAACUGUGCAUUUGAUAUUUUAAUUGGCUUUUGAAGACGUUUUUAAAUAAUGUAGUUCUAUUUUAAAAAUUCAAUUAAAUAACCCCUGUUAAGAAAACGAUGAAAGCUACGAUCAACAUUUAUUGCAGUGAAUAGUCUUUGGGUUGUCAUGGGAACACCUUUAUUGUGUAGAAACGCUACCGGAAGUUGUGCUCGAAAUUGGUCGAUCGCUUUUGCUUUUUGCACAAUGGACGAAGGAGCUGAAGAUGAGACUACGUUUGUCGUGGAGGACGUAAGCAAGUUAAUAAAAGACUCCAUAGAAACAACCAUCGGCACGAGCUCUUACCAACACAUUCGGGUGAACCAGUGGAGCACCACCAUUGUGGAGCAGUGCCUCAGUCAACUGUGCAAGCUGGGAAAACCUUUCAAAUACAUCGUCACCUGCGUCAUCAUGCAGAACAACGGGGCAGGGCUGCAAACCGCCAGCUCGUGCUUCUGGGACAACGCUACUGAUGGAAGCUGUGCAGUAAAAUGGGAGAACAAGUCCAUGUGUUGCAUCGUCAGCGUUUUCGGCCUGGCCAUCUAAACGUUUUCCAGCCACGUUGGCUGCAUUUCCACAGUCGUAUGAUUGAGAUGUGAAUAAAAAUGAGCCAUUUCUGCUUUAUUAA